CCCGCUGUGGCUUGGUCCUAUCACCGUCGCCUUUGGCUCCCUCACACUCACCCUCCUUGAUCGAUACCUGCAGAUCAUCUGCACGUACAUACUCGUCUCCGUCGUGCAUAGUCCCUGCAGAGGUUUCGACCGGAUUGACACCCACCCACCACCCACGCCCACCCAUCUGCCCUCCCGGUUACCUUCCCGGUGCCCUCCACGCUCGUGCACGACACUAGUGCUGCAAGAGAUAUCGUCUGCAACCGAAGCCUUCACCACCCCCCUCCCCCCCCCUCCUUCCACCCCCUCUUAGUCGGGACGUAAACCAAGCGCCUCAGACGGACGAAUCAGGACCAUGGCCUCUAGUACCUUCCGCGAUUCGGUCAAUUCCCUGGGCUGGGCGCGACGCGACCCCGAUGUGCCCGCGACCACCAACUCGUCAUCCAACAGCCCCUUCCUGAAUAGGUUACAGUCCUUGAACCCCUUUGGUCAAGGCGAGGGCUAUCUGCAACUGCCCACUCACGAAGCUCCCGGAGCUCCCCUCCCUGCUGCAAAUCGACGGGAAGAGGAAGAUGGUUUCUUCGCCCUAAGCCGAUGGGAUCGGAUGCUCAUAUUCAUCGCAUGCAACGUUGGCGCCGCCGUGUGUUUCUUCAUUUGCUUUUUCCUCUUCCCGGUGCUCUCCCUCAAACCCCGCAAGUUUGCCAUCCUAUGGUCGGUUGGCUCGCUGCUCUUCUUGCUAUCAUGGGCCGUCCUCAUGGGACCCAUGGUUUACGCUAAACACUUGGUCUCGGGAUCACGGCUGCCCUUCACGGCUGCCUAUUUUGGCUCGAUUGCCAUGACUCUUUUCUUCGCGAUCGGCCUUCAUUCCACCUUCCUCACCCUCAUCUCCUCGAUCUUCCAGCUAGCCGCCCUGGUCUGGUACCUCGUCAGCUACUUUCCCAUGGGCAGCACCGGGCUACAGUUUAUGGGCCGGUUCGGUGCAUCGCGCGUCACGACCUGGAUGGGCAGUUAGUUGUCGGUGUCUGUACAGAUGUGAUAACGGCACAUAGAUAGAUGGCUUUGCGUCAGCGUUUGGCUUGAGCGUUGUGUUGUGGUUUCGUAUAGUGGGUACAUAAUAUAUUGUAUUUUCGACAGGAUAAGGGGUGCACACUGUAUCGUGUCUAU